GUUAGAAUCUAGAUGCUUCCAAAUAAGCGGCUGUGGCGCUAACGGUGUCGGCAUUCUCGUACUAGAAAUAACGCAAAUUAUCAAUUCUGGGAAUACGAAGUACCGUGCGAGGUGUGCUUCUUAGCAAAAGUCCCGUUAUACCGGUUUGAAGUUUCUUGCUGAGGUUUGUUUUUAUCGUAUCGCGACAUUUGCUCAGUGAAAGGCGUGAAAGUGCAAUCACGCUCAGGGAUUGUACGCAGAAUGCACCAUCUGGAAUUGUUGGUAGCACAGGGAUUUAUAAUUUACCGCGUUUCUUUCGCUUACUGAAAACGAUUUGUUUUGCUUCUUGUGCCAAGUGAGUGUAGCUUUGUAGCGUACGAUUGCCAGCUCAUCAUAUCGUCCGUAUCAUUGACAGCGAUAUUGGCUGUUUGCAUCGGUGUAUCACGAGCGGGGCAAGUGCGGUAAUGAGGAGAAACGCGCGUACGUUAGUGAAGUUUGCGUUCAUUCUAGCUGGAGUGUUAUUGUUUCUCACACUGGCCAUCCGGUCGUUCAGCGAAAAUGCAAAAAUAGCACUGAAUGGAGUUUUCGACCCGGCGGCGCUCGUCCAAAAAGAAUCGCACGCAAGAGAAGGAUCGUUUUUCAAUGAACCACCGAAGAAUGUGCAUCACAAACGCGUCGAUUGGCACAACUACGAUCUAAUUCAUGAAGAGGCCAGACGCAGCGGUAUCGGAGAACAAGGAAAGGCCGGUCACUUGGACAAAACCGAGAGUGAGAUGAAGGACAAACUGUUCAAAAAGAAUGGAUUUAAUGCAGUCCUAAGUGAUAAGAUUUCACUGAAUCGAUCGCUUCCCGACAUUCGCCAUCGCGGCUGUCGGAAGAAACAAUACCUGAACGAACUUCCCAACGUAAGUAUAGUCGUUCCAUUUUACAAUGAACACUGGAGCACGCUGUUAAGAACUGCAUCAAGUGUGCUGCUUCGCUCGCCUCCGGAGCUCAUUGCUGAAAUUAUUCUCGUGGACGAUUGUAGCACUAAAGACUUCUUGAAAAGGCAGCUGGAUGAUUACGUCUCUGAAAAUAUGCCAAAGGUAAAGAUCGUAAGACUACCCGAGCGGUCCGGAUUAAUUACGGCCCGUUUGGCAGGCGCAAAAAUUGCAACAGCCGAUGUGCUCAUUUUCCUGGAUUCGCACACGGAAGCGAACGUGAACUGGCUGCCACCAUUACUUGAACCGAUUGCCGUAGACUACCGUACAUGCGUAUGUCCUUUCAUUGACGUCAUCGAUUGGGAUACGUUCGAGUAUCGGGCGCAGGAUGAAGGAGCGAGAGGUGCCUUCGAUUGGAAGUUUUUCUACAAACGACUUCCUCUGUUACCAAAGGAUUUGCAAAACCCCACUGAACCGUUCGAAAGCCCUGUAAUGGCAGGGGGGCUGUUUGCGAUCAGUGCCAAGUUUUUCUGGGAGAUUGGUGGCUACGACGAAGGAUUGGAUAUUUGGGGUGGAGAACAGUAUGAGUUGAGCUUCAAAAUAUGGCAGUGUGGUGGCAAAAUGUACGACGCACCAUGCUCCCGAGUCGGUCACAUCUAUCGUGGGUAUGCACCAUUCGGUAACCCGCGCAAGAAAGAUUUUCUCACCCGCAAUUACAAACGCGUGGCCGAAGUGUGGAUGGACGAGUAUAAAGAGUAUCUUUACAUGCGCGAUCGAAAGAAGUACGAAAACACCGAUGUGGGCGACAUUUCGCGACAGCUGGCAAUCCGCGAGCGUUUGCAAUGUAAACCAUUCAAAUGGUUCAUGACGCAUGUUGCAUUCGACCUGGUGGAAAAGUAUCCUCCAAUAGAGCCGCCGGACUUUGCGAACGGUGCCAUCCAGAGUGUCGCCAAUCCGGCUCUGUGCGUCGAUACGCUGAACCAUGGCGAAAAACAAACGAUCGGUCUUUAUUCAUGCGCCAAGGAUAAGACGCAGCCACAGCCUAAUCAGUUUUUCCAACUGUCUUGGCAUCGGGAUUUACGCAUCAAAUUCGGCGAGCUGUGUUGGGAUGUCUCUGAGAGUGUUCCUAAUGCUAAAGUUCUUCUGUACCAUUGCCACGGCGGACAGGGCAAUCAGUUGUGGCGGUACGAUCCUGAAACGCAAAUGCUAAAGCAAGGCAAAAACAACCGUUGUCUAGAUAUGGACCUAAACAAUCGGGAAAUAUUUGUAAAUCCGUGUGAUCUCAGUAACCCGCGGCAAAAGUGGCACUGGGGCUUCGUUAACACCACCUCGAUAGCUCAAUGGGACAUUUACGGCGCUAAGAUCAUUGAUUGAGUAAACAUCAUUUGAUUGCUAUCGCUAAAGAUAAAGUCCAUGUUUCACAACACAAUUCCAGACUGGUAUAAAUUCUUCUACAAGCAUUGGUUGUGAAAAGCUACCGAAAAGCUCCACGGCACAUUGACAACCGCUACACCGGAAGAGCUGUACACAUUUGCUCAAAUAUGGAUCGAUCGUAGUCAAAAUUUCAGUUGAUGAGUUCCAUUACAUUCUGCCAUAGUAACGUGCUGCAACUACAGUCUGCUUCAGAUAUUUUACGAAUAUAGGUCAUUUAGAAUAAUAUAACACUCCGAUUGUUACUUUAUUCUACGAAUCGAUUUCAGUUCGUUAUCGUUUACUAUGUUUAGAUACAAUCUGACAAACAAUCAUGUAUUAUACACACAAACUUCCAACUUCGUACGACAAAUCGGUAAUUAAAGUUCGACUUUGUAACGCGUGAUAAACUGGUUAUGACACAACGCGAUUAUAGAAUAAACAGCGUUUCUACAUCGUACACAAUUGUUAAGUACAAUAUUGCGAACCAAUAGCUAAGAUCAGCUGAGAUUGUUAAAAUACAAACUAAAAGGGUAACUAUCAAUA